AUGGCGGACGACGACGAUUAUGAGGGAGAAAUGGAGGGCGAUGAUUAUGGGGAGGAGGAGCAAAUGGAUGAUUUAGAUCUUGAAGCUCCUGAGGAUGAUGCAGAAAGGGUCCAGGUUGUUGAGGAUGGCGAGAAAACAGCUUCUGCAGAGCGCGUUACCACACCUUUUAUGACUAAAUAUGAAAGAGCCAGAGUUCUUGGGACGAGAGCGCUGCAAAUCGCUAUGGGAGCUCCUGUUAUGGUGGAACUGGAAGGUGAAACAGAUCCGUUAGAAAUAGCACGUAAGGAACUGAAAGAACGAAAUAUUCCAAUCGUUAUUCGAAGAUAUCUACCAGAUGGAUCCUUUGAAGACUGGGGAGUUGAUGAGUUGUAUAUAACUGAUUGGUAA